AUGACCACGGUCGAUAUCUCCAGCCUGGCGCUCAGUCGCAGCAGCGGACCACGGCUCUCCCGAUCGCACACGCUCAACUUCAUCGGGGACUGGGGCCAAGCCAACUUCCAUCGGAUCUGCGGAUGGCUAACGCAAGAGUUUUGCGACCGAGCAGGCCCCCUUAGCCGCGUGGCGACAUGGAGCAUCCGCGGCGGCGGGAUUGAAUCACUGUACCUAGUGCAGAACGGCGAAGCAGACCUGGCAAUCAACACGCCAGCCAAGCUGCUCAAGAGCGCUCUGACAGGCGAGGACGGGUCACUGUUUGCUGGUAAGCCGUUACCGAACCUCCGCGCGCUGGCCGUGCUCCCCCAGAACGACCGGAUGGUUCUUGCGAUCGACACGAAACUGCAGAUCAGGACAUUCGACGACCUGCGCCGUGUCAAACCGCCUCUCAAGAUCGCGACGUCCACGCACGAUGGGACGAAUUUCAUCGGCUUCGUUGCCCGCCGGUUCAUAGAGGCCCAUGGCAUCUCCGAGGCAGAACUCAAUUCCUGGGGUGGGAAAUUUGUUACUGCCCAUCGACCUGAACAGUGCAUUGCCUUCAUGGAGACAGGCGAGGCCGACGCUGUGCUGCAGGAGGCCAUCAUGACGCCCUGGUGGAGGGGAUUGAUUGAGUCCGGCAGAUUGAUCCCAUUGCCGGCUGAACAGGCGGCGCUCGACUCUCUGCAUGCUUCGAUCGGUUUGCCCACGAACAGUCUCCCUAAGGGAUACUGGGCAAACUUGGAAACCGAGCUACCUGCGCUCGACUUCUCCGACUUUGUCAUCUUUGUCCGCGACGAUAUGCCCCAAGACAUUGCGUACUUGCUGACCUGGUGUCUGGUCGAGACAAGAGCUGCCAUUGAGGUCCAGUACAAGCAUAUUCCGCCAGAGAAGAGUCCGCUCACAUAUCCUCUCAAUCCGGUGGAGAUGGCAAAGGCACCGUUUCCUUUGCAUCCCGGAGCACAGAGAUAUUACUCCGAAAAAGGCUACCUUUGA